AUGGUACAUACCGUCGCCCAUGAGCGGUAUAUUCCCCCUGUAUAUGCCAUUUCUAAACCUACCUUUACAACACCUGUCACGGUCAGGGUGCCUUAUGAGGUUGAUCAAUAUGCCGAGACGGAAAGUGAAGUCAGGCGUAAGGAAGAAGAGUUAGUAUUUGAGCAGCUGCAAAUCUUGAGAAAGCAAAUGAAGAACCUCCAAGUUGCCCGAGGAAGUGAAAGUUUGGACUACAAGGAUUUGUGUAUUCAUCCGGAUGUGGAUAUGCCGACAGGGUAUAAACCUUCAAACUUUGAUAUGUUCGAUGGGGCGGGUGAUCCCCACGCACAUUUGAGGGCAUAUUGUGACAAGCUAGUCGGAGUGGGGAGGAAUGAGAAGCUAAGUAUGAAGUUAUUUAUAAGGAGUCUGACGGGAGAAGCACUUACCUGGUAUACUCGACAGGAUCCGCAAAAUUGGAGAACUUGGCAAGAUAUGGCAGAGGACUUCAUGAAUCGCUUUCGAUUCAACACAGAAAUCACCCGUGAUCAAUUUGCACUGGUGACCCUGCAGAAAAAACCAUCCAAGUCAUUCCAAGAAUAUGCAUGUCGGUGGAGGUCAGAGGCCGCCAUGGCGCAAACUCCGCUGGAUGACAGUGAACUAACCAAGUACUUCAUCAGAGCCUAG